AUGCAGGUGUACUCCUCAGCAGAUGAAGAGAUAGAUGACGUUAACGAGCUACAAGAUGAAUAUGAAAGUGUGUCUAGUGAAGAAGAUUGUGUGUUAUUUGUCCUUGAGGUUGGAGAUGUGUUUGAAAGCUGGGACUUUGCCGAAAAACAAGUUGUAUACUGUGCAAAAAAUAAUGGCUUUGAAGUAAAGAAGUUUCGGCUUGAGAAAAACAAAGGAGAGAUUGUACGUCGAACCUUUAAGUGCAAGUUUUCAGGAGUAUAUCGUGCACAAAAGAAAGCUGACAUAGAAGACACCUGUGAACGUGAAAGUGUAAGAAUGAAUUGUCCCUGGAAUAUUAAUCUUCGGCUCACUGGUGACCUCGUAUAUGUUACCUCACUAUGCAACGAACAUAACCACUCUCUUGAAAAAAAAAAUUUCGUAUCAAAUCGUCAACUCAGUCCAGAAAUUCUUGAGGAGAUCAAAUUUCUCGUAAAUAUUGGUUGUGGAGCAGGAAUUCAGUCAACUAAACGCGUUGAAGGUUAUAAUUCGCUAAUUAAACGAUCGGUCAAAAGUUCAGCAACGUUGUUUGAAUUGGAUACACAUAUUCAGUCACUUCUCAACAAAGAAGAAAAAUUCGAACAGCAUGAACAAUCAAAUCAAAAUCCAACAGUGGGUUUGCCGAACGUUGUCGGGAGAGUAGAGGAUUGGAAUGAUUUGCUCAAAAAUGAGAUUACCAUUGGCGAAGGACAAGAUGAAGACAGUGAAGAUGAUGAAGAUUAUGAAGAUGGUUUUGGCUACACGAAAAAAGCAAUUGGACUAGCCCUUGAAAUAGGCUGUGAAGACGAAUUAAAUGGAAUGUUGCAAAGGUGGAUAAGAGAGAAGGAAAAUGAAACUCGUUCUAGGCAACUGGAGAUCAAAAAAGAAAAUUUGCCAAAUAUUAGCAACCCUUAUCAGACGCGUACAAAAGGUGCUCAAAGAAAGCGUAUAAAGAAUGCAUUAGAAGAUAAUCAAAAGCAAAAGUCAAGUGGAUCUGCUAGUACUCAACGAUCACAGUAUGUAUGCAGUCACUGUAAAGGCAUUGGACAUAAUGCACGUAGGUGCGAACUUAAAAAGAAUCUAAAGAAGCCUAAAUCUAAACGACUUACAAAAUGA